AUGGCGCGAGGAACCAGCAAAAUUCGUCUUUACGACAGAGACGUUUUUCCUGCAGCAACGGAGGGUCCUGCCAAUGUAUUUUCAAGUACACCAUUUCUUCUAGUGAAGUCCAGGUAAGAAACUAAGUAACAGAAUCGUCAAGCGAUCUUUUCCCGCCAAAAAAGUUGUUGUUUUUGUCGUAACUCUCUCACUACAGUACUUGUCGGAAUGGCGGAUUCAGCUAGACUUCAAAGCUCCUUUAAGUAAGCUAAUGCUUCAAGAAAAGAUUCAAUGUUUUCUUUCUUUAAUCAAAACCGUGACUAAAUCAAGCUUAAUUGUUUCAGUUUUUUUGUAGGUUUUUAUUGGAAGCUGCUAUUGAAAACAGAUCAAAAUGCUUCAAGAAAAUAUUCAAUGUUUUCUUUCUUUAAUCAAAACCGUGACUAAAUCAAGCUUAAUUAUUUCAGUUUUUUGGUUGUUUGCGGGACAAAGGUUAAACUGUCUUAAAAGUUGAUAAGACGGUAAAUUUACCAGUCAAUUCCAUAACCGCCCAUCUCCCCCCCCCCCACCCCACCAGGGCAUACCCCGGGCAUAUGACUAGUGUUUGCUCCGUACAGUGGGGAUACAGAUAGAUCAACAGCAGCACAACAGUGCUUGGAGAGGGAGGGGGCAGGGACAAGCUUCAUUUUCUCCUUUUGAAGUUGGCAAAAAUGUUUCAAAGGCAAAGAUAGGGGUGGAGAAUGGUACCUCGAAAAACGUGGGUCUCGGAAAAUUUUGUGAGGAUCUCGAAAUCUCGGAAGCGUUUAUGAUAAGUCUUGAAGUCUCGUUUUUCAUGGUUUGUUUUUACUUUUUUGAGUCUCGAAACGUUUUAACAAAGAGUCUCGGGCACAGAUUUCUAACUAGGAUCUCGGCGUCUUGGCAAGUCUCAGAUUUUACCAUUUGCCACCCCUAAAGAUGGACACCUAGAAAAUUGUUGUAUCUUCUGGGGAAUUGGUAGUCUGGGUACUAAGUCCCAUGGGAAACUGGCCAGUAAAAUGGGUUAAGGCAAAGAGUGUAAGCUAUGUUUUAUUGUUGUUGAUUGUACCUUCCCCCCAGCUCAAUUAGGUUUUACUGUCUUUAAAGGUGGAUUGCAGAUGAUGCUGCACAGGUCUGCCCUCUUUGUUUGCAGAAGUUCACCCAGAUUCGUAGAAAACACCAUUGUCGUCAGUGUGGCCGAGUCCUUUGUAGCAAGUGCUGUAAUGAGAAGGUAAAUUAGCAGUUGCAUCUUUCCCUUACAAGACACUUUAACCCUUUAAGCCCCAAUAUCCACAUACAAAUUCUCGGAACUGAUCUCUAUACAUUUUCUUAAAGAAUAAGUUGAGAGAAUUUGAUGAAAGAUCAAAGCAUUUUCUGUUAGGUGAUCAAUUUAUUAAUUCUUAUAACCAAAUCACUUGACAAUCAAUAGAUAUGGUUAGGAGAAAAUUGAUCUUGGUCACCAUUGGGACUUAAAGGGUUAAAGGGCUAUGUACGUCCUGCUUAAUUUGCCCCAGCUUUAAGAUGAAUGCCUUACUGAUCACUAGUAAGAUGCGCACUUAGUCACAUUUGCACAGUAUGCAUGCCCACUAAAGAUUGUCUUCAAAUCCUGCCGGCUCAAAGCAAGAAUUUUUGCAUUAAUUUUGUUAAUUGUGCACUCUGCAUGCUCUGAAUGAGUCGCCAUCUUUGACCGAAUUUGUAUCAUGGCAGGGAUGAGGUCUGGUAAUGUUGGGUGGCCCCAGAUGGCUUGGCGACUUGCUUUUGGCCUUGGGUGACUAAUAAAUCUUAGUGUCUGCACACAACUUAUAUGAUGGGGUGUCUGAAUUUCCUAAUUUCAGGGACCCAUUUCUCCAAAGUUCAGGUAACUUUUUGGCCCUGAAAUCAAAUUAAUGUUCAAACCAGAAUCUACAGUUUAUAAUAACGGAAUAAAAGACAAUAUAGUAGUCCUCACCAGUCCUCACAAGUCUGUUAUAGUUAGUUAACUGAUACAUGUAGGCUAGGUUUGUCAUAUUAUCUCCAAAACUGUUGUAACCUUGAACUUGAAUAUAAACGACAAAAGCUUUCCUGGCCCAUAAAUAUCGUGACUUUCAAGAAAUCAUGAUUCCCAGAGCUUUUCAGCUACCAACAAUAAGAGCAUAGCCUUGGUAUGUCAGAAGUGGGAUGCCAACCCACACGUACAUAAGUAUAUGUAGGUGCAUGAUUUCAUUUUUCACGAAAUAAUUUUAAAAUGAUAUCAUUAUUUUUAGGUUCCUCUUCCACAGUUGGGAUUUGAAGAGCCAGAGAGAAUUUGCAACAAUUGUCUUGAAGUCACAUCUCUUGUGACCAAAUCAAGGUCACUCCAGAUGGUGAGGUUAUAUUAAUGAACUUAGUACCCUGGGUGCCAGAUUGGGGGGAAGGAGAGUGGUAUGUUAAUUAUUGUGAGCAAUAUAAGUGCUUUUCUCCAUUGGUGAAAAGAUGCUUUAUGUGUUUUACCAUGACAUUGUACCUUUGUAGUAUUCUUUUGAUUGUAAUUUUAAUGUUAUGCCUUGGUUCUAUCUGGUUUUGCCUGUGAUUUGUUGUUUCCUCUGUCAAUUUGAACUUGAGCCACAGAAAAAACUCCAGAUUGAUCAAUGUGAAAUGUUUCCUUGUUUUUUCCAAAAGAAGCUCUGCUUUGGUUUUGCUUUAUUGUUGUAAUAAUUUUUCCACGCUGUCUGAGUGAAUUUGACAUUUAUUAAGACUGAAGGUCAUUUUAUUUAGGCCUUACUUCCUUUUAUGCUUGUUAGAAGUAAGAACUUAAUGACCCAAUUCCUGGUUACCGGAUGGUUCCUGGUUGGUUGGACAACAAAGAACAAACCACAGCAAACCCCCCAGUUUGAUCUCUUUCUUUAUUGGCAUUAGUUGAUCUUGACUUUGUAUUGAGGUUGUAACAAGAAAUUGUGAGUUGUGAAUUAAUUUUUAUUAGUAAAGAAGACUUUUUGUUUCAAAUAUUGACUAGUUUUUGUACCAUUUCUUCCUAGUCAUUCAAGCUGGAAGCAGCUAAAGGUCUUUCAGAAUUGUGUAAGGACCCUGCCGGACUGACAAAGGUGAAAAAGAGUUGAUUUUCAAUUCUACAGAUAUCUUUGGUGUGACUGAUAGAACUGAAGUUAAUGGUAUUGGCCCAUCAAUUGUUUUGUUAACAUCUACAGUGUAUGGCUGGACUUUGUAUGAAAUACCAUGUGUCUUGUGCUUAUGGUAGAUUUCAUGAAAAAUCUGCAGAGCCCAGUGUUUAUUCCAGCUAUUUUCUAGAGUGGGACAGAUGAUGGAAUUUAGAUAUUCAUGCAACGAAAGCAUACAGUAAUGACUGCAAAUGCAUUCCAAACUCAUUGUCCUUUGGGUGGCAAUCCUUUCGUUUCAGAGGACCUAGAUUUGUCUUUGUGGAUAAUGGGUAUUUAUACAACACUUGUAGCAUGAUAUCACACACUGUUUGGGUUAGUCUCUAACCCCGGUUAGUAACGUCUGGUCUGCAAAGCAGUGCCAAGAUCCUUGUUCCAACCCCCCAGCGGACUCAACAAAUUACCAGAAGUGCAUUUCGAAUUUCCCCUUAACCUGAUCGGCAAAUGGACAAUGGCUUUUCUAACAGGCCCAAUCAUGAUGCAUACUCAAAUCCUGGUACACGAGGGCUCAGAACCACAAUUUCAAUACUGGUUCGCAGACAGACUAGUAACCAGAGGAUGAGUUUUAUCUGUGGCGCAGGCCAUGUGUUGAUAAUCAGUCGACUUUACUUAUCAGGUUGUUGAAAUGGGCGGAGUCCAGACACUGAUAUUUCUCAGUCAAAGUGGAAAUGACGAAGUAAAAGUAAGUUCAUAUAGAUCUACCGGUACUUUAUUUUAUGGUCACUUUUUGGCUCUGUUCACCUGGCAUUGGACAAUAUUUUUCAACCGGUUUCACGAAAAACUGUGUGUUUAGGUGUUCCAUUCACGCUGAAACACUUUAACCACUCAAAAAUUUAGAAGCCUAGUCGUUCUAAUUUCCAUGUGAACAGAACAAAAAUAUGGAAUGGUCCUGUGUGAACGAAGUGUUCUGUCAAAUUUUUCAGCUGCUAAAAAAAUUUGUCCAGUGCCAUGUGAAUGUACCCUUGUUUAACUGCUGGGUUUUAUUUUCAGUUUUACUUGUUAAAAAUUACUGCAAAACCUAACUGAAUGAGACUUGCUAAGGUUGUUGAGAAUGUAGGCUAAAUAUGAAUGCCAUCCAGUGCUGCAUUGAUUAUGAAUGCUGUGCUUACGAUUAUAAAUGGCAACAGCUUCUUGGUGGUUUGUUUUAUCAGAGUUCUGCUGUUACCUUUCUGUUUUUAACCUCAACCUGUGUUGCUUCUAUUGUAGGCUGCAGUUGCUUCAGGACUUCAGAUACUUUCCACUCAUCCCCCACUACAUUCAAUGCUGGCCAAGUGUGGUGGCAUUAAAGCAUUGUGUAGGUAGGAUAUACACUAUGUAUGUGCUGUUUAGUAAAGUUCAAUUCAAUAUUGUCACUGUGAUCAUAAUGAUCCCUGACAAAAGGCCAGAGAUCUCAACCAUUGUGGGGAUUGUGGUGACCAUUAUUGAAAGCAGCCUAGAACUGAAGCCUAGAUCUCUCAGUGGUCAGUUGCAAUGAUCGCUGUGAUUGCUACGAUGGUGGUUCAUAUAGACAUGUUUCCAGUUAACCUUUGUGAUUGCUGAGCUUUUAUUCAGUGUUCCUAGCUACCACAUUAAGUUGUGGAGCUUAUCCCCGUUUCCUUAGCUUGAAGCAUGCUCAGGAGUAUUGCUAUUCAUUCCCGCCUGGGCGGGGUGCUAGUCCAUCGCAUGGUUACCCCCCAGCAGUAUGUCGCCAGUACCCAUUUAUACACCUGGGUGAAGAGAGACAAAGUGGAGUAGAGUUCCUUGUCUAAGGAAACGUGACAGGUGAGGCUCCUGGACCCCCAGAUCAGGAGUUUGAGGUGUUAACCACUCAGCCACAGACGCCUCCAUAGUGUGGUCUAUUCUAAUUUGAUGUCAUUAACUAAUUUUCUGCAGCAUUCUUUCAACUGUCAAUGAGAGUCAGGAGCAGACGCUGAUUUACGGGAUCAGUGCUCUGAUGAUAUUUUGCAAAAGGUCACCUGAACUAAAAGCACAGGGUCAGUAAAAGAGGUGUUCAAGAUUCCUAACACUUAAUGAGUGUAACAAUAGGUUAUAACUUUACCAUAAUCAUUACGUUGCAGGGAUUCCCCCUGAUUACUACAUGACCCCUGGCUACUUUUAUUAAUAGAUAUAGGAUUAAAAGAAACUUCCUACCGAUUCAUUUCCCCAACUAUAUAUGCCGCAAGUUGAAAUUUUAGUGACACUUCUUUUGUUUUACAUCAGACUUGACCAUCUCCUUGUAAAUCAGAGAAUUUUGAGAUAAAGGAUAUGUUUUAAGGUGGACAUAUAAUGGCUUUAUGUUUCGUUUUCAAUUCUUUUGCUUUUUAGACUUACAUUUAAAGGAAAACUAAUCAGGAUGCUUGUUUUCUGUUUUGUAGCAUUAGCAGAUGGUGCUCUAGAUUCAGUUCUAACUGUAUGUGCAAUGAAAGAAGCCUUAGCCCUUCUUGCUUUGAUGACGUUGAGUUACAUUGUUGAACAUCAGGGAAACCUUGCACCCGGCCUUAUAGAGGUCAGCAUUGUUUUUUGCAUUUUGUUCCUUUAAACCUAAUAUCCACAUGUAUACCUGUAUUCUGUGCAUUGUUCUCCAUACAUUUCAUGGAUCAUUAUUCACGUUUCUGAGAAACUGCCCACCUACCCCUCCCCUAAGCCAACAAUUUGUCCUAAGUGAGAAGUAAGUGUUAAUGUUGGCUUAGGGGAGGGGUAGGUGGGAAGUUUCCCAGAAACGUGUGUAAUGAUCUAUGAAAUGCAUGGUGCUGGUUAGGCAAAUUUGUUUAACAAUCCAGACAUUUUUUACUUUGGUGAUCAUUUUCUAUAUACUCAUCACCUUUAUGUGUGGUCUAGCAGUGACAUCCUUGGGAGAAAAUGGGUGCUAGUCAUUCUAAGUUAGUUUAAGGUGUAUAAGGAUGUUGAACAUUAUCAGUAUUGAGUUCAGUAUUGUGAAACAAGGCAGGUUUUUUAAAUUUUCAUUAGUAAUUAACAUAAAAUCAAAUGAGAAGCAAUUUUCUUUUCUGCAGAGUAACAGGAAUGCGCUACCAAGAAUUUUAGCAUUGACAAAGGCACAAGAUGAAAAGGUGCAUUUUAAUGAAACAAUAUAUAAUCCAAACUACAGCUCAUUACUGUUAUUAAAAUAUGAAAAUAUAUAUAUCUAGACUCUUGUUUUAAUUAGUGUCUUCGUGUACAAAAAUUUUGAGUGUCAGGUGUACUGUCUAGGUUCUGCUUGUCUCUUCCUCCAUAACAUCUUAUAACAUCUUACAAAGACAAACAGUAAAAGAAACUGAAUUUUAAACAUCUGCUCUGUUAUGUUUAUUAUGUACUAAUGGUAAUACUGUCGAGCCUCCACAUGCAACCUCCUCCUGUAAGCAACCACCAAACUUUCCGAGUCAAGCCCAACUGUAAAUCCUCUAUUAAGCCCCCCUCUCAAAUAAGCCCCUUCUCUCUAAUGAGCCCCCCUUUUCAGCAGAAGAAAGUUAAUAACCCCGCCCACUAGAGUCUCCGUGAGAGUAGCCUGAUCCUCAGACGUCCGAGGUCAUUCGCGGCUCCUUUGCUUCUCUCAGACAUCCCAGGUCGUUCGCAGCCCCUUCGCUUCCCUCCCUCUACUGUCUGAUAUUCUCUGUGUGCCUAGUCGUGUUCACGACGUCAGAGAAGCAAAGGGGCUGCAAACGACCUCGGACGUCUAAGAAUAAGGCUACCCUGUGAGUUGAUUCUCAGAAAUGACCACCUCUUAUAGGUGACCACUUAGACUUUCAAAAAAGUCCUUCAUGGAAUUUAAUUGGCCUAAAAAAGCUUGCUGCAGUCGCAAAAAUCAUGAGGUCAACUUGUACCAAGUCUAGUGACCACGUAAUCCUUGCAUUUUGGGCGGUGGCUUACAGGAAGUUUGGCUGUAUUAUUGUUUUUAGAUUCAAGAAAUAUCAUUAAGGAUUUUGGCACAGAUGUCUGUGGGAACAGAUUGGCAGAGGCACUGCAUCGUUCAGGUAGAGGCCACGAUGUUUGUGAUUGAUGGUCGGAGUAAAUUUAUGAUAACUUUUUAAAAUUUUUCAUGAAUUUUUGAUGUGAUAGUCUCUGCAUGCUUUCUUUAGGAAGACUUCUCAGCUGGGCGAUGCCUAGUGGAAGCUUUGACAAAGGGACCAAAAAAUCUUCAAGUAUGUCAGUUAUACCACUUGUUUUUAGUAGUUAAUAAUAAUAAUAAUCAAAAAUUUAUAACGUGCCUUUUCCAUGCAAAUAUGAUCAAAAGCGCGUAAUAGUUGGAAAUAUGGCCGGAGAACUCUAAAAUUACAUGACAAGAGGGUUGUCCAGUACCAUAAAUCCUCUAUUAAGUUACUGGGAGGCUUAUUUAUUUCAAGUGUGCUUACGGGGGCUUAAUGGAGAGGGAGAGCUCACUAUUUGACAGGGAGGCUUACUUAAUUUAACAAAGAUGACGAAAUCAAUUUUUCAUAAAAGGGGAGGGGAAGGCUUAAUAGAGAGGGGAGCUUAUUAUCUUUCUUUCCCUGUAAAUGGGGGGGAGCUGAUUAGAUAGGCAGACUUAUUUGAGAGGGAGGAGGGGACUUAAUAGAGAAUUAAUUUUUCAUUUAUGUAACAUUAUUAUAUAUAACCAGUUUCAAUUUGUCUUUCUCAAGGUGCUAGUCAAUGCUUCAUGUCUGAUUGCAAAUCUUGCAACAGGAGACCAAGACCAGGUUUGUUAUGUAUACCAGGCAUAGCAAUUUAGAGACAUGGUAUAAUGUAGCCCUACUAAGUAGUACUUUUUGUGUCAUAAUGUUUAUUAUGCUAUACAAGGUGAUUCUAUUACUUUUGAGUCUGUGGACAAAAUCUUAAAGUUAUACCUAUCAAUGAAUGCUAGUGAGCAACUACUUUCCUGUGGUACUGUUUUUUUUUUUUGUACUGUAAAAGGUGCAUAAUAUGUAGUCACUGCUACUUGUAAAUGUAGUUCUUUGGUGGGACCAUUCAAAUGAAAGCUACUGAGCAGUACGUUUUUGUGGUACAGUUCAUUGAUAAGCUAUUCAAGGUGGUUCUAACUUCUGAGUCUGUGAACAAAAUCCUAAAGUAAGCCAAUGCUAAAGGCAAAGCUCCUGUUAACAUGGAUGUGCAUGCAAUAGCUGGGUUCAGGAGUACUUUCACCUUUCAGUAAAUAUUAAUUUUACUUUGUGAAGUAUUUUUUUGCACUUGAGUAUGAAGUACAUGGAGGAAGUGCUGAUUAUUGUUUUUGUUUUAGAUGUCCCUGCAGGAUUGUUUACAAGCCAUGUGUUCAUUGACCUCAUCACACACAGCACACAAAGAUAUUCAGGUAUCAGAUAUAAUGUACCUUUACAUGGUGAAUUAAAGUGCAAAAUUACUUAGUAACUUGCCAGUUAUAUAAGUGCAAAAUUAAAAAGUCUUCCAAAAAUGACAAAUGUCUAUGUUAUUUAAGUGUAUUAAAAGUCACAUACAAUUUCUCAGGGAAAAGCAACCUUAAGAUAUUGGCUGGUCACUUACCAUUGAGGGAUUUGGACACUUAAUUAACUACAACGACAGUUACAUUAAUAAUAAUUAAUUUCUUUAUAUGUUUAAUGCCCCCAUACAUGUGACAUGCAUGGUACAAAUAUGCCACAAACAUCAGGUAUGAAUCACAGAUAACUGGCUCCCUGAAAACAGGGUAAAACUUAGAUUUUUUUUUUACUUUUUUAUGGAUAUACUCACCCAAAUAAAAAUCUAAUUUAGUUAUUGAUAAUUGCCAUUUGUAUGUUUGUUUAUCUUAUGAUAGAAUUAGUUAUUAAUUGAGUCUUUUCCUUUGAAUCAGUCCUUUUUUCAUAUUUUUGUCCAAGAGCACAGAUCGGGAGAUAAAAAUUAAGAAUAUUCUGCAAUCCCUUAAUUGGUUUUCGUUCCAUUUAACCUGGUACAUUUACCUUUAAUUUAGAGCCAAGAGGGUUUAUGUCACAUUUAAUUUCAGUUAAAAUCUACUAGAAUUACUAUUUAGUAUCAAUUUUUAAUGCUAUUUAUGGGUUCUUUUACAUUAGGAACAUUUUAGUAUUUUAGUAUUUUAGACUUUUAAUUAUUAAUCUUUUCAAUGUACCUCCCAGACCCAUGUAUCCAGAGGACUUGGAAACUUUGCAAAGUUCCAUCAAAAUUCUUCAAUCCUGGUAAGAUUUUACUGGAUAAUUUUAAAAAUUAAAAAUCUCAUUUUUGCCAUGCCUGCCAAAUCUUCCCUAUUAAGUCAUGUUUACACCUGCAGAUUGAAAACUUCAAUCCACUAGCUCACAAAUGUGUAAGAUAACUGUGCUUUUUGAGAAAACUCCAAAGUUCAAAAGCCAACAAAUGUUUUUGUUCUUUACUGCCGUCAAUUAUUUUGUUCACUGUCGCCAUCAAUCAUCUUAGCGGACCUCUAGGGAAACAGACCUUUGCUUCAACAAGUUCAAAAGGUCAUAGUUUGUCAUUUGUAAUUGGUGGAUUUCAAUCCCUUUUGUUAGUUUUCUGUGUUUCGAGGUUAGUUGCCUGUUAUUGUAUUAAAUAACGAUUGACAAGGGCAAAAAAUACAAUAAAAUUAUUGCAAGCUGGCUUUUAAAGUUCAGAGUUCAUGUGUUGUUGAAAAGUGCAGUAAGUAAAAUGAACUGCAUAGAACCAAUGUGAAAUUUCAUGUGAAUGUUUUGUCCCUUCCCUGAAAUCUGAAGCUUAGAACUUCAGAAAUCUUUGGUGGAAAAGGAAUGUCUUUCGAAAAUCCUGGCACUAACAGGAUAAAAAUCUCAUGCCUUGCAUCCAGAGAAAGUGGCAUUUACAUAAUCAUAUGUUGCGGUAUUAAGAAGGUAGUUUGAUUUUUACUAGUCAGUGCCGCAUGCAGACCUUGAGGUAGGGGCCGGCGGGGGGCAGUCAUCCAGACCCUUAGAUAAGUGCCCCCCCCCCCAAUUUUUUUUCGACCUUUCGGGCCUCAGUUUCGUCUUAAAAUUUAGGAGGGACCACCUCCCCUGGAUCCACCACUGCUGGUAUCUAAUUUUUCUCAUUUUUUUUUUCAGAUUGACUAUCUUCCAAGCAUUGUAGAGACACACCUCAAGGUACUUGGUACAAAAUUAGAUACUUUGUUUUCAAGGAUGAGUGGUAGCUCUUUGCUCCAAUGUUAGCAUUAUGUUUGUAUAGUCAACAGAUAAUGCAAUCAAAUGCCACGGACUAAGGACAGUCAUGUAUCUUAUCAGUUAUCAGAAAGAGAGAGCUGUGGAUGUGUUAUUAAGGUAUGGACAUGUGGAUGCUCUUGAUUAAACACACCUGGCCCUGAUUGUUCAAGCAUUGGAUAGCAAUCACCAUUGGAUCCGGCCCAGUGGAUACAUAUUAGGAGAGCCAAUUGUGCCAUCCACUGAAUAGAAAUUUAAUAUCAAAAUAAAUUUAUAGACAUUUAUCCAGUAGAUAACAUUAUCCACCUUUUGAAUAACUGGGGCCAGUUCUUAAACCAAACAACAACAAUUUUUAUAUUAAAAGAGUCAGAGCGAUGAUCAUUUAACAUUUAAAAGCCGUUAAUGUGCUAAAAAAUGUAGUCAAUGUAGAUAUUAUUUAAUUUAAAGGUUCCUAUGUCUCCCUAAUUUUGCUAAGAUAGAAUCGUAAAUGUCUGGAUGGUGUAAAUUACCAAGCUGAACCAAGGUUUUUCUUAUUAUCUUCGAGUAAAUGCCACAUUCUUCUGGUUAGGUGCAGCAUUUAUUGGUAAUUUUGCUUCCAUCUGUGGCAUUUGAUCUUGGGUGGCAUUUAUUCGAGGGUGGUAUUUAAUCGAAUAAAUACGGUAAUCUCGAUCAUGGUCAUAAUUAUUAAUUAUCAUUAAUUAGAUUAAAGGACACAUACAUAUGCAAAUUCAGGCAAUUUGAGGCAAUAAAAGUCACCUUAAAUUUACAUCAGCCCUUUCAUACCAAGUAUUGUUGCAAAUUUUUUUGUGAUACAACUUUUUAAUACCUCAUUUUGAACACAUGCAUUAGAUAUGUACUUGGACCUUGAAAGAUUUCAUGGGCUUAGUCAUGUAUCUUUAUUUUCAUUGCCAUUUUCAGGGAAGGUGCUCAUGAAGUUCUCACAAGUCUUGGCACUUUCAAUGGAAUUGUUGAUGCAGUUGAGACUUGUUUGCUUAAAAUUGUACCCACCCGUAGUGAUUGUACUAUUACAAAGUGA